GCUAUCGGGUCUGAGAGCUUGAACCGACCCGUAAAAUUUGACCUCGAGUCCGGAUCUAACAACCAAGCCGAACCCGCCCAUUUCAUUAAGCAACGUUGAAAAACCGCAUCUCAAUUUCGAAGAGCAGAAAGAAGAAAAAAAAAUCGAAAAUUUCCAAAGUGAAAAAUCUAAAGAUGGUUUGUAUAGCUUGCCUAUUGCCGCUCUUCCUCGUCCCGAUCGUCAACAUUUUGCCUCUCCUCUUCGAUUUCAUCAUGGGUAAAAUUUUUAGGCUUUUUGGAUGGGAAUACCGGAAACCGGAGAGGGCACCUCCGGCGUGUCCGUAUAAACCGGCUGCAAAAACGGGAAACACUAGCAAAGUGGCCCCAGAAACUGAAACUGGUGCAGCUGAGUCUGGGUCGAAACCAGUGGAAGUGACAGAUGGCAAGCAGGACUGAUGCUGAAGUUUGGAGUGCUUUCCAUGGAACGAAAAUCAGCCAUAAACAUAAUGAUCCUUUUGAAGAUAGACUUCCUAAAAGCUGAAAAUUUUUUGUUGUUACGAUAAGAUGCUAUGAUUAUCUAAGCUUUAGUGAAACAAGCAUUUGGAAGGUAUGAAAUCUGUUAUGCUAGUCUUUGUUAGAGAAAACCUGAAAAAGAAAGAAAUCUUUCCUCUAUAAUCCUCCUCCAAAGGUGAGUCCAAUUGAAGCAUCUGUUGUCUGGUCCAUUAGCCCAAAAGCCCACAAUCCAGCACCAUGGCCCUGUCAAUGGUCCACUAUGACCCAUUCUUGACUUUUUUUUCAUGACAAGAAAAGAAAAAAAAUCCGACAUUGGACUAACCUACAUAUAGCAAGUGUCACCGGCCUAUUCUUUUUUAAUGAUAAAAAACUCUGUCGGCAACUUAAGCGUACAUUUUCUCUGCAAAAAAACUUUAUUUUAAUAUGGUAAAGAACCCAACUUUUUAUUACAAUUUUAUGAAGCAUGUGACUAAGUGCUAGCUUAGGACUAUGAGAAAAUUCGGUAGAAAUUAGAUUUUCAAAAACCCCUCAAAAUGUAGGAAUGAAGAAAGAGACGGUAGUUGAACUGUUUAAGUGGGCAUCUAAUUAGAAUCAUGUGCCAUGUGUUUGACUUUGAACUUAAGAAAAAAAAUUAGCAAGACCAUGUGGGUAGGUAAGCCAAAAAGAAUCUUACGGAGACAACCUAGAUCUUGCUGUAA